CACGCAUAGCCUCCCCCAACGACCAUAUAAUCACCACUAAUAGUAUAGUAUAAUUAUUGACUAUUGUUACUGUUGAAGAUUUCAAGAAACAAAAACCGGCGACAAAUUUGAAAACCACUAUUUCUUAUUGUUUCUCCAGCGCUCCUUCCUGGUGUUCGUGACCGGAUUGGAAGACUUCAGCUCCAGGACUACUCGAUUAACGAGUUUUCAUGUGGAGGGUAUAAUUUUAAACCAAGAAGAUAGGAAAUCGCAUAUCUCAGACAAUAAUGAGUUGUAGCUGCUUUGGGGCCUCAAAAAUCAGGAGGAGAAAAAGUUCUGCUCAUCAUGAAAUAGAGGGGAACUUACUUGGGAACAUUAAACGUUUCUCCUACGAUGAAUUAAGUUUGGCAACAGAUAAUUUUCAUCCAAGCAACAAGUUAGGGCGGGGAGGUUUUGGAACUGUUUACAAGGGAACCCUAAAACGUGGGAUAGAAGUUGCUGUGAAGAAACUUUCUGCCCAGUCAAAGCAAGGAUUACGUGAAUUUAUGACCGAAAUCGAUACUAUAUCAAAUGUCAGGCAUCCAAAUCUUAUUGAGUUGGUGGGGUGCUGUGCUGAAGAAUCUGACCGCAUUUUGGUCUAUGAAUAUGCAGAAAAUAACAGCCUUGAUAGGGCAUUAUUAGGUUCAAACGGCGCAAACAUCAGACUGGAUUGGGAAAAAAGAUCUGCUAUUUGCCUAGGCACUGCUAGGGGUCUUGCGUUUCUUCAUGAAGAACUUGUACCACAUAUUGUGCAUAGAGACAUCAAAGCCAGUAAUAUACUUCUCGACAAAGAUUUAAACCCAAAAAUUGGAGACUUUGGGCUGGCUAAACUUUUCCCAGAUGACAUCACUCACAUUAGCACAAGAAUUGCGGGAACAACUGGUUAUUUGGCACCAGAAUAUGCCUUGGGUGGUCAGUUGACCAUGAAAGCUGAUGUUUACAGUUUUGGAGUGCUUGUGCUUGAAAUAAUUAGUGGCAGAAGCAGUGCAAGGGCGAAUUGGGGAGGAAUGGAGAAAUUUCUCUUAGAAUGGGCGUGGCAGCUCUAUGAAGAAGGGAAACUGUUGGAGCUAGUGGAUCCAGAAUUGGAAAAAUUUCCCGAGGAAGAAUUGAUUAGAUACAUGAAGGUAGCCUUUUUCUGCACUCAAGCAGCAGCAAACCGAAGGCCACUGAUGAGCCAGGUUGUUGAAAUGCUUUCAAGGAACAUCCGGCUCAAUGAGAAGGAACUUACAGCCCCUGGUCUUCUCACUGAUUCAGGGGCAUCUUCCUCGAAAAAAGGGUCAGUGUCCGAAUCUACCACCUAUCAGAUGAGCUCUGUCCCAGUAACAAUUACUCAAGUAACCCCUAGAUGAGGUUAUAGAAUGCAUGGGUCUCCCAUUGCAACAAAUUUUUUUUUUUUUUUUCUUCUUUUUAAGUUACAUAGUUUUUUAUACUUCUUUUUGUCCUUUGGGUUGAGGGUUCAAGCAGAGUCUCUCUGUCUCUCCAUCUCUUUCCCUUUUCUUGUUGUGCCAGGAUUGCUUCGAGUAGGAAGUUUGCAACAUGUGGAUAGCAUACACGCAAUUUUGCAUUAUUUGAUAUCAUCAUCUAUGAUAACUGAAAAUAUUGUUGUAACA